AUGGAAUUACAAGUGGAAUGCAGUGCAGCUGACAAUCCGAAGAAACAGAAAUAUGAAGGCUCAACACCCAAGAAAGCUUUCCAGAAUGAUCCUGAAACUUUAGAAGAGGCAUUAACUAGUCCAGAUGCAGAAAAAUGGAAGUUAGCCAUGGAAGAAGAGUUGGAAAAUUUAAAACGAAAUGAAACUUGGGACAUAGUGCCUAGGCCAGAGGGAAGGAAAGUUGUGAAAUGUAAGUGGGUCUUCAAGAGAAAACUUAACAAAGAUGGACAAGUGGAAAGAUAUAAAGCUCGUUUAGUUGCUCGUGGCUACACCCAAGUCGAAGGAAUUGACUACAAAGAGACGUUUUCUCCUGUAAUAAAAACAAAAUCAAUUAGAACUUUAUUAGCAUUCUCAGUUGAGCAAGACUGGCAGGUUCAUCAACUUGGAUAUUACUGCAGCCUAUUUAAAUGGAAGAACUGA